GCCAUGGAAGAGUGACCUUGAUUCAGUUUAGAAACUGUCUAACAAUCUACAUUAGCAUUUUAUUUUGAUAUCGAAGUGCCUGGUCACAAUUCAAGAAUGAUAUGGUAUCAACAAUUUUAUAUACAGUGAUUUAGCAGCCUUGCUCUGCAUCACAACUAAGCAUCGUGAAAUUGCACUGAACCAAUUAUGCAAAGAAAACCUUCACAGCCUUCAUAGCUCUAUUGAUAAUUUGUGAGUCAGUGUCACUUAACAGAUUUUUUAAGCCGGCCCUCCUGUCCUCAUAAGUAUAAGGCUAGUGCGAAAAGAACUGUGUAAAAACAAAUUAUAUGGAGUGUAUUCUGUAUGUAUGGCCAGAAAUACCAGGUAAAUAGUCAUUUUUCACCAGACAAUCUGCUAAGAUGUUUCGUCUGGGAGACUGGAAGGUUUGGUGUGGGAUCUUGCACUUAGUUUUGUUAGUUUACCUUUUACACUACCUUCUGUGUGUACCAAAUAACUCACUCGUGUCCAAACUAUGGGCUGGUGUCCUUACUCCUGUUUGUGGUAUUUCAGCAAUAUUGUGCUUCGAUGUAGCUAGAAGGAAGGCAUCCUCCUCCCAUACAUUCCGUAGCAAGUUUGAUCAUUACAUCGCCAUAGCAGGCUUAUCAUGGGUGGGUUGGUUUGCCAGACGAAAGUUGGAUAAAUGUUGUAAAAACGUGACCGAGACCCAAAACAAACUUUUGCUUGGCCGAUUAAAAGAAAAUGCUGAAACCCAGUAUGGUAGAGAGUAUAAGUUCUUGGAAAUACACACCAGGGAAGAAUAUGUUAAACAGCAUCCACUAACUUAUAUAUCUCACUAUGAGCCCUACAUCCAACAGAUGAUGAAAGGAGAAGAGAAGGUUCUCACCAGUCGGCAGCCUGUUAUAUUUGCUGUGACCUCAGGGACUUCUGGGAAGUCUAGUAUUCUUCCAAUGACCAAGCACCAAGGCUUCAUGUUCUUCAUUCAGGGGAUAUCAGUGGCUUAUCAUAGUCUUUUGAAAACGUUUCCAGAAAACAACAAUCUUCAGAAGACAUUAAAGUUUUUCUACACACCAAAAUGGAGAAAAUCGGAGUGUGGAAUACUUAUAGGGCCCAAUUCAUCCUCUCCAACGAACUCCAAGCAUUUGCUGAACAUUUACUCCACCCCAAAAGCUGGCUUUGAAAUUCUCAGGGAACCAGAGGCACUGUAUGUGCACUUGUUGUUUGGUUUAGCAGAUAAAAGUUUAGGUAUGUUGGAGGCUAAUUUUUCCUCUCUCAUUUUGUCAUCUUUUGAUGCACUCUACCAGUAUUGGUCCGACAUUGCGGAUGACAUCGAGAGAGGAGAAGUAGAUCCCAAACUCAACAUUGAUGAAUCUGUAAGAAAGGAAUUAAAUGCCGCCUUAACACCAAAUCCUGAACGAGCCAAUGAAAUCAGAGAUGUAAUGAAGACAGGUAGCAAGGUUGGAAUUGGUAAGCGGUUGUGGCCAGACUGUAACCUCAUAUUAUCCGCCGACUCAGGUAGUUUUGAUCUUCCAGCGAAGAUACUCAGGGAAACUUAUUGUGAAGGAAUUCCUAUCUAUUCUCCACUAUAUGCAGCUUCAGAAGGACUGCUAGGGCUUAACAUCUGGCCAAAAAAUCAUCCAAGUCGAUAUUUGCUGGCCGUACAGUCCAUGUUUUUAGAGUUUAUUCCUGUGGAACAUUCUACAGAGGAUCAACCUAGUACACUCUUUAUGGAUCAGGUGGAGAAGGGAGAAGAAUAUGAAUUGGUGAUAACCAAUGCUAGUGGGUUUUAUAGAUACCGCUUUGGGGACAUCGUCAAAGUGGUUGAUUUCUACCAUCAGUGUCCUGUAAUUGAAUUCAAACACAGGAAAGGUCAGUUUCUGAAUGUAAGAGGUGAAAAGACGUCAGAGUCGCUCUUCUACCAGGCAUUGACCAAAACAACAUCUGCCUGGUUUCCAAGGAAACUGCUCAAUUACUGUUGUGUUGAGAGUUUAUUGAUAGAAGAUAAAGGUGACAGUUAUGCCCCAUUCUACCACCUUUUCCUUGAAGUUGAUGAUGAUUCCAAACCUCUAACUGUAGAUCAAAGAGAAAUGAUUGACAAAGAGUUGUGUUCCAGGUCCUAUGUUUACGAGUCUUUCAGGAACAAAGGCAGCAUUCAACCUAUCAAAGUGCACCAGGUGAAAGUAGGGACUUUCGAAGAACUGCGUAAAUUUACAAUCGACAACAGUCAGGCAUCGGCCAAUCAGUACAAAGUUCCCAGGGUUCUUAAAACUAAAGAAGCUGUCAGUGUUCUAUUGAAAAACGUUAUGAAUGAGUUGUGAAAGUCACGAAAUUGGAAAAUUGAAAAAAUUGUGUAUUGUUAUCAUAUUUAUUCCAUUCUCUGGGACUAUAAACAAUCGUAUUUUCUUUAUCUGGAUAGUUAAGUUGUGUGUCAUAAGUGCAGUUCAUGUAUUACAUAUCAGGUAGCAUACAUAGGAUAAGCAGGCUUAGUGAUAAAGUUUAUUUCUGAUAAAAAAUGACAAACAGUAUUUAUUAUUUCAUAGAUUGAUCUGUGAACUGACAUGAAAUAUCAACGUUCACUUGAUAUAAAAAAAAUAUAUAACAAAUAUUAAUUGAUGUAGAUUCAUCCUAAUUUUAAAUACACAUACUUGCAUAUUUAUUGCUACAUGUAUGAUAUGGGAUGGAACUAUAUGAAGUAAAAAAAAAAACAUAAUUCAAGUUUCUCAAUCUGAUUAAAAUCAGAUCCUCGAUCCGCUCCUUAUUUUUUUAUUGUCGCUAUAUACAUGAUCUGUGCAACAAUAAAAAAUUAAGGAGCAGAUUGAGGAUCUGAUUUUAAUCAAAUUGACAAGUACCUUGAUGUAUAAUAUUUUUGAGAGAGCAUUUGUCUUUUUUCUUUUCAAGAAUGCAGUUUAUUUACAGGAGUUUCCUGAAAGCUACUCUCCUAUAUUUAAUAUUUUGCAUGUGUUAAGUUUCUGAAAUGUACUUGGUACAUUAAUCAUGUUGGACUGAUAAUACCGUAAAUUGAUUUUUUAGAAUAGUUUUUUUAAAAGUUCAGGGGUAUUUAUUAAUAACUUCAGUUAGCUUUACUUGACAAAGUAAUUUUGUCAUUGAAAUUCAUAAUCUGAGUGUUAUACCAUAAAAAUGGUUUUUUACCUGUGGAGGAAAUUUACACUUGUUACGCAGUAAGCUGAAAACUGCAUCAAAUACCCCCGCGCAUAUGGUAAAAAAAUCAAAACUUUGGAGCGAUAAAUCAUGCAUCCGCAUAUUUAAUUCUCAUGCGUAUUGUUUGACCAUAGAAAACGCAUACUUAACCACCAGCGUAAUAAAUAACCACUUUUACAGUAGACAUUUGUGUGUAAAUCUUCGAAAACCAUGCAUAAUUUUGUUAUGCGUAUAUUGUACAUGUAUUUAUACAAUAUAAGUACUGGUAGGUGUGAUUUUCUAAGUGGAAUAAUAAAUGAACAAAAGAAUUGAAUUCA